CUCAUAAGCUCAUUUUACCUCUUUUUUAAGAGCCCACCUUAGAAUUUUCGAGCUUGAAUCUUGAUUUUUCCUUUUCUUUUUACGAACACAGGUUUUUGGCCACACAAAUUAAAGUCCACUUUAUUUUACCUUUUAAAUUUCUACUUGUAGCAGUCAGAGGGAAAAUUAGUGAACGCAGAGAGAAAACGAGAGCUUUGAAACUUUUUUUUUUGUUAUCAUCGAAUCAAGCACACUUGGUAUUUAUACUUGGCAGAUGGACCUUAUUGGAUUUGCAAUUAUGUUCUAGUUAUCGGAGAUUCAGUUUCUGCCACUAGAAAAUCAUGUGGAGUUUUGCGUCCAAUUGUGUAGCCGGAACUGUUGGGCGGAAAAAUGUUUUUCUAAAGCAAACUCAUGCUGCGUUAGAAUGUUCAGAUGAUGAAGGCCCUUCUGUAAUUAGCAGGGAUGAGUGUUUAGAAUGCCCGAUAUGCUGUGAAUCUUUCAACAUCGUAGAAAAUGUGCCCUAUGUUUUAUGGUGUGGUCAUACCCUUUGUAAAAACUGCAUUCUAGGACUUCAAUCGGCUGUCGUGAAAUUUCCGACUCUACCAAUUCAACUUCCGCUUUUCGUUUCCUGCCCAUGGUGCAAUCUCUUGUCGUUUCGUCUGGUUUAUCGGGGAAAUCUCAAGUUCCCUCGGAAGAACUAUUUUUUACUUUGGAUGGUUGAGAGCAUGAAUGGUGAUAGACUGAAGUCUCAUUCUUCCUUCUGUGAAGAUCAUCAGCCUGAAUGGUCAUCGAACAAUAAUUCAGCAUCGGGAAACCAAGUGGCUCAGAGUAACCACAGCAGGGGACAGUAUCCGCCUCAUCCCGAGUCAUCAAGAUCAAACUACAAUCAUACUCAUCUCAUUAAUUACUCCAAUUCGGAAAGAAUAUAUUCUUCCCUUCGGCAAUCUCUGGCGUUCUUCAUACAUCUGACAGCCAAGUUCCCAUUAGUCAUAAUAUUUCUCUUAAUCAUCCUGUACGCAAUCCCCGCCAGUGCGGCCAUCUUGGCCCUGUACAUACUUAUUACCAUUCUAUUUGCUCUCCCUUCGUUUCUCAUUUUGUACUUUGCAUACCCGAGUUUAGACUGGCUUGUGAAAGAGAUCAUCACUUGAGACAGUAGCGGUUUCGUAUUCAGCGAGCAUUGCACCUGUAGCAUGAUGCAUCUCCAGUUGACGACUUUCCAGUGCCCGAGUUUUAUGGCAGUUUCUUAGUAUACAGUUGAAGUAGUUAUGUAAAGUCUUUUAGAAAGCAUAACUACUUAUGUACUUGGACAGUUAAAAGACUGUUUGUUACUACAACAAUAUGCUUGUUUUGGAUGAAAGCAAUGGGGUAUUGGUGAGCAUGUUGUGAUUAAAAA